UUGACAGCUCUUGUCAGUGUUGUCAUUCGGAUAAAAGUCCAUACACUUGUUUUGGCUGAUUGAGAAGAUAUUGCUAUAUAUAUAUUGCUUUAUCUGUUGUUAUCGUUAUGAUACUGAAAAGUGCUGGCCUGCUAACUAGACGCUUUCUUUUUACUACGACGACAUUGAAAAUGAGUUCGACCGCCAAAAAAUUAGAUGGAAGAAUUGCAAUUGUUACUGCGUCAACGGAUGGAAUUGGGUUUGCUGUCGCCAAGCGACUAGCUUCAGACGGAGCACAAGUUGUUGUAAGCAGUAGAAAACAGAAAAAUGUUGAUGCUGCUGUAGCAAAACUUAAAACAGAAGGACUAACUGUUACUGGCAUGGUUUGCCAUGUUGGAUUGAAAGAAGAUAGGGAAAAACUGAUAGAAGAUACUGUUUCUAAGUUUGGAGGAUUGGAUAUUUUGAUAAGUAAUGCUGCAGUAAAUCCUGUAUUUGGACCAGUAUUGAGUUGCCCUGAAGAUGCCUGGGAUAAAAUUUUUGAUAUUAAUGUCAAAACAGCAUUUUUACUUGCCAAAUCUGCUGUUCCACAUAUGGAAAAGAGAGGGAGAGGUUCUAUAAUAUUUAUUUCUUCAAUUGCUGGGUUUCAACCAUUUUCUGCUCUAGGAGCUUACUCUGUAAGUAAAACAGCUCUACUGGGAUUAACAAAGGUGCUGGCCCAAGAAGUAGGACAUAGUGGCAUUCGCGUGAAUUGCAUUGCUCCUGGCGUAAUCCAAACAAAAUUCAGCGCAAUGUUGGUAGACAAUGACGAUGUGCGCAACAAAGUCCUGGAAGGCAUACCCCUGCAAAGGAUUGGACAACCAGACGACAUGGGUGGAUUGGCUUCGUUUUUAUGCUCAGAUGAUGCUUCCUUUAUAACUGGAGAAAAUAUUGUUGCUGCUGGUGGAGCUCAGUCUAGGCUGUAAAAUAUAGAAUGUGAUGACACAAUUUGGGCUCAAAAUUUAUCAAAUUAAUGCAGAGAUUUAUUAUAAUAAGUAACAAAUACAAAACAUUAAUUCUGA